GUAUUCUACUCUACACCCUUUACCAAAUACCCCAAAAAGUACUCUACCACCCAAUUCACUACUAUAAGGUACUUACAACCCCCAAAUGCCCACUGCCAAAUUAGCCUUCCGCACCACCCUCAAUCGUCAUCCCCCACAUCCACCACCACAACCUGACCUAACCUCAUUCCCCCCUUCCACCUCCACCUCCACCACCACCCCCAUUCACGAAAUUCCUCACUUUCAAUACUCGCGUGCCUGUUAUAAUCUCAACCACACCUCGACCCUUUCGUGAUCCUCAUGAAUAUUGACUUCUAGCCCACCAUCCAACCCUAUCAACCCUCCAUCUCGCCCACCGCCGACCCCGCACCUCCAAUAGACACAUUGCGAUAAUUUUCUCAACCCGCCCUCUCAACCACUACUACCACGUGUGUGCCUGUCCGAAUCUCCGUGGUGUUCAAAGUGCUCAGAAUAUCACUUCGCCAUGGGCCAGACUCUCUCAGAGCCGGUUGUUGAAAAGCACUCGUCCAGCGGCGGUGAUGAGCGACUGAUAUACGGAAUCUCAUGUAUGCAGGGAUGGCGCAUCAGCAUGGAAGAUGCGCAUGCCACGAUUCUUGACCUACAGACCCAGUCCGACAAGCCAAGGCAAGACGCGCCUGCGGAUGAGCGGCUCUCGUUCUUCGGAGUAUACGACGGACACGGUGGAGCAAAGGUGGCCUUAUUCGCAGGUGACAAUGUGCAUCAGAUCAUCGCGAAGCAGGAGGCAUUCAAGAGAGGCGAUAUCGAGCAGGCACUGAAGGAUGGGUUUUUGGCGACGGACCGUGCGAUUCUGAACGAUCCACAAUACGAGGAUGAGGUUUCUGGUUGCACGGCUACGGUCGCAAUCAUCUCAGGAAAGAAGAUCUACGUAGGUAACGCUGGAGACUCAAGAGCCGUGCUGGGAGUAAAGGGACGUGCAAAGCCGCUCUCCUUUGACCACAAGCCGCAAAACGAAGGCGAGAAGGCCCGUAUCACGGCCGCUGGUGGCUUUGUUGAUUUCGGAAGAGUCAACGGCAACCUGGCGCUCUCUCGUGCUCUCGGUGACUUUGAGUUCAAGAAGUCACAUCAACUGGCGCCCGAGCAACAGAUUGUCACCGCAUACCCCGACGUAACGAUCCAUGACAUCUCUGAGGACGAUGAGUUUGUGGUUGUUGCCUGUGAUGGUAUUUGGGAUUGCCAGUCUUCGCAGGCUGUUAUCGAGUUUGUGAGACGUGGAAUUGCCGCCAAGCAGGACCUCGAGAAGAUUUGCGAGAACAUGAUGGACAACUGCCUGGCCUCCAACUCGGAGACCGGCGGCGUUGGCUGUGAUAACAUGACCAUGUCAGUCGUUGGUAUCCUUAACGGGCAGACUAAGGAGGAGUGGUACGAGAAGAUCGCACAGCGAGUUGCCAACGGGGAUGGCCCAUGCGCCCCUGUGGAAUACGCUGAGUUCCGCGGCCCAGGCGUUCACCACAACUUCGACGACAGUGACAGCGGGUACGACAUGGACAUGGACCAGCGGUCGAGAAACAUCGUCGCUGGUGGUAAGAAGGGGCGCAUCAUCCUCCUCGGCGACGGGAGCGAGAUCCUCAUGGGUCCUGAGGACGCGGACACGAUCGACAACGAGGAGGAGGAGGAGGACCUCGCAAGCCAAGCCCAGCCCGUCAAGGGCGACGAGCACGACCACCAGCCACUGCCAACGACCGCAGCGACCCCAGGCAAGAUUAUGAGGCCGAUCAUCGACGUGAAGGAGAAGAUAGAGAAUGCGGUGAAGGGAGAGGCGAAGAGCGAGUAAUCGGGGAUAGAUUAAUCAGCCAUAUUUGGCCCUCGUGCGCGGCAGGGAGGAGUGCAGGAGUAGUGGGCAUAAUCGUGCAUUGCUGUGCUGUGUUGGAGCUGGGCGAUCUAUUCCGGGAGGGAGUGUGGGAGGGAUAGGGCUGG